AAUAUUAUUUUAGAAGUGUUUUAUUUUACAGCAUCCCUUACAUAGAGCAGCUUUGUACAGAGCGUAACAGACCCUGACAUCUGAAUCCACUUUGCUCCCAGUAGUGCUGUAGUAUCGGGUAGCUGUAGCCAUCUCCUGAUUACCACAGGGUGAAACUCGGAGCGAUAUCUAAAUUCUGCCCGUUAGAAACCAUCCCUCUGCACUUUGCCCCUCUAGAGGCUGAUCGCAAGAAGCAAUCCCGAAGAAGCCACACGCAGAGGUCUGGGAUGCUGUCAGGGCGGCAGAAGAACUUCAGCACCAUGGCCAGCACCGGGCACAAGCCUGCCCGCUGAACUCGGCGGUGAAGGAGGCGGCCGCGGCGACCCGCGGGGGACCGAGAAACGUUGAGGGGAUUUCCAGCUCGGUGAUUACUUCUUUUAUGGAGACUAGCCCCCACGAGAGGUCAAAGCAUGACCCUUGACCUUCUGUGCUGUGUUUUAAUCCGAGGAAAGAACAGAGCUAUUUCACUGAUGCAAAUGGAAUAGAAAACACGCUUCUGCUCUAUGAUCACACUCUUCACAAUGUGUUGGACUGCAGGCAAUGGUAGCAGUAAUAGAUGUUUUUUGUCUUCGUUACAGUAAGUGGCAAAUCUCUUUGUCAGAUGAGGACAAGGGUUGCAGCUACUGGUUACAAGAUUUUGGGUUAAACUAAGAAUCUAAAGGAGAAAAGUGUAACAGGGUCACCGAAACACAUUAUGUUCAGAAAGAUCCAUUCCAUAUUUCACCCCAACUCCAACCGAAGAAAUGCAACAGAUGACAUUCCUUACUGGGAUGGCACAGGUUCUGCUGUCAGAUUGAUCCGCAGCACCUCUAUGUAUGUCCUUGGAGAUGAGCAGGAAAAAGUGAGUGAACCAUUAAAAAAAUGCAAAAGUACGAACAGCAUUGACUCCUGCAGCCAGUCAAAAGAAGAAGACAGGGAGUGGAUGUACUCCAAGACUCAGGAUUGCUUGAAAUACUUGCAGGACUUGUUAGCCUUGAGGAAAAAAUACCUUGACAACAUUAAUAAGUUGAAAUCCAUGCAUAUGACUGCAGAUUCCCCGACAUCCACGAAAUCAUCCAAAACUGGAAAGAAGUCAUUUCUUCCACUUUCCUCCAAAGAAUUUUCUAAGACAUCCAUGGAGAGAAGAAAAGUCCCACAGCCCAGUUCAGAUGUAAGAGAAGCUAUGGCGUUCUUUGACUCAGUUAUUGCAGAUCUGGAUUCAGAGAGAUGCCGGGGAGCUCCUGACAUGGACCUGCCAAAUGUGGAUGUUGAUUUUGAUGUGGCUACCAGCACAAGUGAACACAGUUUACAUUCAAACUGGAUCCUUCGUGCUCCUCGCAGGUACUCAGAAGAUAUUGCCCAAACAGCAAAGGCUGCAAACCAGUCACAAAAAAACAGCCAACGAAGAACCACUGGCUCUAGGAAGAGAUUAGAAAGACAUCCCAUGUACUUGCCCAAAGCUGUGGAAGGAGCAUAUAACACACUAAAAUUUAAGCCCAAAACACGAAAGAAAGAAUAUUGAAAGAAUAUUCCAUCUUCAGCUGAAGACAGAAUGUUUGAAAUAGGGCAUGGAAGACUUGAUGCUCUUUCUUUUUUUUAUCCCUAGCCCAUCUUUUGCAUUCUAGAAAUAACGUGUGCAGUCACUGAAGAUUCUUCAUUUUGUAUACACUUCAAGCCAUGGCAAUUCCAACACUGGGCUCAUGUGAGAAUUAAACUUAUUGAGUUUACUGUGCCUAACAAUACUACUUUGUCAUUCAGCACUGGGGGGAACUCCCAACUUGACAAGCCUUCUUGUAGCACUGUUAUUGAAAGCAGUGAUUCAAAAAUUAUCUGGUGUGGUAAAUUUUCCUCUGACCCCAAUACAGCAAGACAAUGCAGCUAAUACACUGUGAGCUUUUGCACCAGUUUCCAAAUUCAGAGCAGUGAAGCAGAGUUUCCUCUAUUUUUGUAUGUGAAAAUUUGUAUGUGCCAUUUUGACUCUCUGUUCUGAGAAAAUACAGCAGCACUGAGAUACGAGAAAGCUGUGGUACAAGCAGAAAAGGCUGUAGUGAAGGAAUCAGCAUGCUGUUUUGAGGAAUAGCUUUGGUGUGUUUUCGAAAAGAAAAAAAAGCCAAGUACUUUUCUUGCUAGUAGGAAUAGUUCUGUCCUUGGAUACAAAAACAUCAAAGGAUUUGCUGCUUGCAAAAACAUGUUCAGCUGUUUUCAUGUAGUUACACCACCUUUUAGUUUACAUCUAUUUUAUCAUCUGGAUGCUGAGUAAACUUGAACCAAAUGCUAGGAACGUAGGCUUCCUACUGUGCAUGGAAAGAGCUUAAUGUCUUAGAAAAGAACACUUUGUGAACGAAGUGAAGCAAAGGUUAUCCUCAAGAGGGCAAUUUGCAGGUAAACCCACUUCAGCAAUAGAUUAUACAUAGUAUUUUGAUUUCUGCCAGCCCAUC